AUGCAAGAAGAGGAGGAGGAGGAAGAGGAGGAGGGGGACGGCAGAAAUCGGCAGGAUGGAGGUAGCAGAAGGCGGAGGGGAGAGAAGGAGCACCACCAGCGGAGGCGACGGCAACGGCAGGGCGUGGACAAACAGGGGGAUGGGGCCCCUGCUGCUGCUGCUGCUGCUGCGACUCUGCGUGUGGCGCUAGUCGGACGAGGCUUCUCCAAGAACCAGCAGGAGGUGUUCCGGAAGAACGGGUCCAAGGUCGGCAUUGAGGUUCUCGUGCGCCCGGAAUCAAAGUUUGUCGCCUGCGGCGGCGGCGGCGGCAGCGGUGGGGGGGGACUGCUGGAGCAGCUUCGCAGAGAGAGGUUCGCUGUGGCGGUGUGCUGGUCGGAGGAGGUCGCCCCUUGGGCGGAACUCCUUGUUGGCGGGGAGGACGUCGAGGUCGUGGGACACCAGUGGCUGCGACGGGUGGACACAAGGCCCUACCUGCUGUCGCCCCUAAAAAAAAACGACGUGGUUGGAGCGGAGGAGGAAGGGGAAGAGGAAGGGGGCGGGGCGCCGGCGUUCGUGGUACCCAUGUACGCUUGCCAGAGGCCUACGCCAAUGAAGCACCACAACCACGAGAUCACCGACGUCCUGGAUGCGAUGACCAAGAUGUACAAGGUCGUCGGGGAUGGACAGAGGGCAGACUCCUUCAUGAGGCUCUCCUCCGUCUUGCGAUUUCUCGACAGAACGAUACGGUCCGGGAGCGAGAUCCGCCACGUGCACCACGUCGGAGAGCGGAUGGUCGAGGCCGUCGACGAGAUACUAGCGACCGGUACCCUCGGCCGAUUAGAAGAGCUCAAGAGCCACCCCCGGAACCAGGUGUGCCAGCAGCUCAUGAAGGUGCACGGCGUGGGUUCGAGGACGGCCAAGGAUUGGUACAACAGGGGCAUCCGCAGCGUGGAAGAUGCGCGGAGGACCCUCCUCCCCAACGACGACGACACCGAGGGUGACGAAAAGCGGCCCAAUCUCAAGCCCGAGGUCGUGAUGGGACUGAAGCACUUCCACGACAUGCAGGUGCCGAUUGGGAGGGACGAGGUCGUCGGCAUCGCCGAUGAGGUCCGGGAGGAAGCCGAACGGUUCGGCCGAGAGAGGGAUCCGGAAGGGACCUUACUCUUUGAGGUGUGCGGGGGGUUCCGCAGGGGGAAGGAGACCCUCCACGACGUGGACGUGCUAGUGUCCUUCCGGAGGGGCAACGGAGAACCGGGGCACCAAGGCUUUGUGGAGGCCUUACGAGCACUUGAUGGAUAUUUGGUCGAGGGGGAACAAAUCGUAGGUGCGGAAGUGAAGGCCUUCGAAGACUUGGAGUACUUCUUCGUGGAGGGGUUGAAGGAAAGGCUCAUGGAAAGAGGAAAGCUGUGCGCCACGCUGUAUCAGGGUCAGAUGGGAGGCUUCACCAAGGCGAAAGGGGGCCAGGCCCCACAGCCCAAGCUCGAGCGCGAAGAGGUAUUGAUGGCUCUCUGGCAGCUGCCGGGACGCAAGUGCCGAAUCGACAUCGUGCAGGUGGCGUCAUCGCAGUGGCCCUUCGCGCUGCUCGGGUGGUCCGGGACCGUCAUGUUCGAGAAGGACGUUCGCCGCUACACCGAGGAGCAAACCGAGUACAAGCUUAGCCAGAAGGGCGUCACGAUCCGGGCUACGGAUGAGCCCGUCACCGACAUCGUUUCCUUCCAGACGGAAGAAGACAUAUUCCGGUUUCUCGGGCUAGAGUACAUCCCGCCUCACCUGCGGUGGGUCUAG